GGUGGCGCCAAGACCACGGCGAGCGUUGCACCACUUUUCGGCGGCUUCGGGACCACCACAACCUCGGCACCGUCCACAGGUUUCACGUUCGGUGGGUUCGGACAGACGACCACUUCAGCGCCAACUUUUGGAUUCGGGACGGCGACAACCUCUGCUCCUGCCUUUGGUGCAGGGCUAGGUGCCACUGCUCCAACCACAACAACAACUUCUUUAUUUGGAGGUGGAGCGUUUGGCACCCAGCAGCCAGCCCUAGGGGGUCUUGGGGCCACGACCUUUGGUGGAUUUGGUGCUCAACAACAACAGAAACCGGGUAUCUUCGCCCAGCCGACCAGCACACAGAAUAACGUCCUGCUGAACACAGCGACCGCCCUGUCCAUGCCGACAGUCUUCAACGAUGAGCGCGAUGCGGUCCUGGCCAGAUGGAACCAGCUGCAGGCAUUCUGGGGGACGGGGAAGGGCUACUUCAACGGGACGGCCCCCCCGGUGGAAUUCACGUCAGAGAACCACUUCUGUAGAUUCAAGGCCGUAGGUUACAGCUGUAUCCCCUCGGCGCGUGACGAGGACGGUCUGGUGGCGCUGGACUUCAACAAGAAGGACCAGGAUGUGAGGAACGCUCAGCAGCAGUUGGUCGAGACUCUGCACAAGAUCCUGGGCAGUAAACCCACUCACAGUGUUAAUGUGGAGAGUGUCAGGCCUCUGCCUGGAGACAAGUCAGAGGUCAUCAUAUACAUCAUCGAGCGUAAUCCCAACGGCACGUCUCGGAGGAUCGCUGCUUCGGAACUCUUCAACUUCCUGAACCAGAACCACGUCAAGACGCAGCUCACACAGCUGGGCGUGGUCAACAUGGUCGCCAAGACAACCCUCACAGCUGCACAGAUCAAACAGCUGACUGAUACCCCUCCUGCAGGUAUUGAUCCUCUAAUAUGGGAGCAGGCCAAAAAGGAUAACCCGGAUCCUCAAAGACUGAUCCCGGUGCCCAUGAUCGGGUUUGGUGAGCUUCAUCGCAGACUCAAGUUACAGGAGUACCAGACAAAACAGCACCAAGGACGGCUGGAUGCAAUAGCAGGCAACAUUACCGGGAUCCAGGGUAACAUGUCCACCAUGCAGUCUAAGAUCCAACAGUACAGAAGAAAGCUGCAGGAGUUGUCACACAGGUCGCUCGAGGUGUUAAUCCGCCAGGAGGCGUACCGGAAGAGUGGCUAUGCCAUCCAGGCUGAUGAGGAGCAGCUUCGGGUGCAGCUGGAGGCCAUACAGGUGGAACUUAAUGCCCCCAUGCAGUUCAAGGGCCGUCUGAAUGAGCUGAUGUCCCAGAUCCGGAUGCAGCAGAUGCCCAGUGGUCGGGCCGAGGAGAGAUACAGCAUGGAGGCCACCAUGCAGGAGGAACUCAGACAGCACCUGAAGCAGCAGCAGGAAGGUCUGACUCACCUGAUCGGCAUCAUCAAGGACGACAUGGAGGACCUCAAGGUCAUAGAACAGGGGCUGGCCGAGGUCACACAGCACCAUAGGAGAUAGCACAGUAUAGUCAAGGUCAAAGGAUGCAAGUUCAAAGAGCUACCAGAGGUCACACAGCACCACAGAAGGUAGCACAGAAUAGGCAUGUUUACACAUUAGGUCAUGAGGUCAUAACACAAGAUGACAGAACACAUUCAGGUCAUAGGUCACAGUGUGACAAGACAAUGAGCACAAAGUCUUGGAACACAAGAUCACAAGUUACAGAAAAAACACAAGGUCAUAGGACACAAUGUUGCCAAAUGGGCUAACAGAGGUGUAUCAGGAGGGAACUGGGGUUUGUUUCUUUCCUUUUCUGGAACUUUCUUUCUUUCAAGAAAGGAAGGAAGAAAGAAAGAAAGAUGAUAUAGAAUAGGACUUCAAAAGGCACAUUGUGACAAUAUCAUAGACCACAAGGUCAUAGAAUGGCCACACAGCACUAUUACAUUAUUGUUCUCAUUUUGAAAAUAUUGUUUAUUAUUAAGAUUAAUAAUGUACAAUGUUUACCACAUACAAUGCAUACCAUGCACAAAGAACACACUGAGGAUGUGAGCAUUGUAUACAUGUAAUUAGACAUGAAGUUUUUUUACAUGAAAUGUUAGAAUCAUCCAACAUCAGUUUAAUAUACUUGGAAAAAUGUAUCAUUUGGAAAUAACUUGCUUCAGACUUCAUUCAAUAAAAUUGUU